AGUAGGUUUGAAAAUGAAGCUCUAGAAACCAAAGAAGAAGGGCCAUUUAGUCUUAAAUCAUGUAGACCUUUGAAUUAAUUUAUUUUCAUCCAUGGCACUUUAGUCUAUACAAAUGCAGCAACCUACCAGCGCCGCCACCAACUCUCUCUGCUAUACCAAGUCACCCUAUAGACCUUCAACUUGCAGUGACUCUGCCAAGGAGUUUCAAAUAUCAAUAUAUGUAACUUCAACCUAACUCUCAAUCUUUUGAAUAUAUUCUUCAAUUUUCAUGGCGAUUUUCCUCGCCGGUUCAAAAUUCUGCUAUCUUGCUACUGUUUUGUUGUUGUGCUUUGACUUUGUAGUUAGAGCAGGGAAUGAAACUGAUCAGCUAGCGUUGCUUGAAAUCAAGGCCAAGAUCACUAAUGAUCCUCUUGGCAUCUUUAGCUUCUGGAAUUCUUCUGUCCAUUUUUGCCAGUGGUAUGGUGUUGCAUGCAGCGACAGGCAUCAAAGGGUCACCGAGUUGAACCUAAACUCUCUGCUCCUCCAGGGGUCCAUAUCACCACACUUGGGAAACCUGAGCUUUCUACGUGUCUUAAAGCUUCAAAACAACUCCCUCGGCCACGAAAUCCCAAAGGAAAUUGGCCGCCUGCGCAGGCUACAAUAUCUUUACUUGAGCGAUAAUAUGCUCACUGGCCAAAUUCCUGCCAAUAUAUCUGGUUGCUCCAACCUUGUAGUCCUGAAUCUUGGUUCUAAUUGGUUGGUUGGAAGAAUUCCAGAAGAUUUAACUUCCUUACCGAAUCUCCGCAUCUUAAUUAUUGAGUUCAACAAUCUAACUGGAGGGAUACCUCCAUUUCUUGGAAACCUUUCACAUCUACAGGUACUCCUGACCACCUUCAACAAUCUUGGUGGAAGUAUCCCCCAUACCCUUGGCCUAUUAAACAAAUUAUAUUUCCUUUCUCUGGGUGAAAACAUGUUGUCUGCCCCCGUCCCUCCCUCAAUAUACAAUCUUUCUUACAUGAAAGUAUUUUAUGUACCCGGAAAUCGACUUCAAGGAACUAUAACCUCAAACUUGGGUGACAUUUUCCCUAACCUUGUAGAGUUUAACAUUGGUGAUAACCAAUUUACUGGAUCCAUUCCUGCUUCUUUAUCCAAUGCUUCAAAAUUGGAAAGGCUGACUAUUCCAGCUAAUGGGCUUACUGGGAGUGUGCCUUCUUUGGAGAAGUUGCAUAAGCUUUGGUGGCUGAGUAUCUCCAACAACCAUCUAGGAAAUGGACGAGCCGAUGACUUGAGCUUUUUGUCCUCUGUGAGCAAUGCAACAAGCUUGGAGUUGCUGGCUAUACACUACAACAAUUUUGGGGGAUUGCUGCCUGCGUCCAUCACCAACUUUACGAGCCUCUCAAUAAUGACUCUGAAUGAUAAUCAGAUAAUCGGAAGCAUCCCAACUGGGUUAGGAAAUUUGGUCAACUUAGAGAUGCUACGUAUGGGAGACAAUCAAUUGGUAGGCGUCAUUCCUGAAGAAAUUGGAAAACUUCAAAAGCUACAGAAGUUGGAUUUGCGUGGAAAUAAGUUGUAUGGUAACAUUCCACCUUCUUUAGGAAAUUUAACAUUUCUGAACUAUCUCCAUCUGCACCAAAAUAAUUUGUUUGGUAGCAUCCCUCCAAGUCUUGGAAAGUGCCAAAAUUUACUGUCGUUUGCUCUCAAUCAAAACAAUCUUAGUGGUACAAUCCCCAGAGAAAUUGUAAGUAUCCCAUCCUUGGCAAUCUAUAUGGACCUAUCUCAAAAUUAUUUGACUGGUUCUCUGCCAAAGGAAAUGGGACUUUUGAUGAAUCUAGGAAGGUUGGAUAUUUCUGAUAACAUGUUGUCUGGUGAAAUUCCUAGUAGCCUUGGCAGUUGCACAAGUUUGGAAUAUCUGUACAUGAGCGGCAAUUUGUUUCAAGGAGCUAUUCCUAUGUCUUUAAGGUCGUUGAAUAGAAUCCAAGUUUUAGAUUUUUCUCACAACAAUCUGACAGGAAUAAUUCCAGAAUUUUUUGAGGGGUUUCGCUUGUUGUGGAGAUUGAAUCUAUCUUUUAAUGAUCUUGAGGGUAUGGUACCGAAAGAGGGAGUCUUCAAGAAUGCAAGUGCAACUUCAGUUGCAGGAAACAGUAAACUAUGUGGCGGCAUUGCUGAAUUUAAGUUACCCCAAUGCAACUUUAAAAAGACCAAAAAGGGAAGAAUGAUCCUUUCCAUGAAACUAAUAAUAGCUGCUGCUUCUGGGGCUCUUUGUGCAGCAAUAGCUCUGUUUUCUCUGUUUCUAGUCCUCGAUAAGAGGAAAAGAGUAGAACCCACUUCAAGUUCAAGGUCUUCAGAGGAUCCACAAAUUUUAAUGUCUUAUCAAACUCUACUUACAGCUACCGAUGGAUUCUCGUCAUCUAAUUUGCUUGGUGUGGGUGGUUUCGGGAACGUGUAUAAAGGCAUACUAGACCGGGAUGGAAAAGUAGUUGCUGUCAAGGUAUUAAACCUUUUGAACCCUGGAGCUACCAAAAGUUUCAAGGCUGAAUGCAAGGUCUUAUACAACGUUAAACAUCGAAAUCUUGUCAAGCUCGUGACUGCAUGCUCAAGUAUAGAUCAUCAAGGAAAUGAUUUCAAGGCUCUAGUUUAUGAAUUCAUGGUUAAUGGAAAUCUAGAUGACUGGUUAUAUCCAAUGUUUAUAACCAAUGAGGCACAUGAGUCACCAAGGAGCUUGAAAUUUCUCCAAAGAUUAAGCAUUGCCAUUGACGUUGCAAAUGCACUAGAGUAUCUUCACCAUGGUCAUGGAUCGCCUAUAAUUCAUUGUGAUCUGAAGCCAAGUAAUGUUCUUCUCGAUGGUGAAAUGGUGGGACAUGUAGGAGAUUUUGGCUUGGCGAGAUUCUUCCCAGAAGCCACUGAUAACUAUCCUACCGAUCAAUCAAGCACCAUUGGAGUAAGAGGAUCCAUUGGCUACAUUGCUCCAGAAUAUGGUCUCGGAAAUGAAGUGUCAGCAUCUGGUGAUAUAUAUAGUUAUGGCAUUUUGUUGUUAGAGAUGUUCACUGGAAAGAGACCAACCGAAGAAAUGUUUAAUGGCGGAUUCCACCUUCAAAACUAUACAGAGGCAGCCUUACCAGAUAAAGCGGAAAAAAUCUUGGAUCCAAGUCUUCUUCAGGAAAUGAAAGAAGAGACAAGCAGUAAUGAUCUCCAUGUAGUUCAAGAGUGCCUGAUUUUAAUCCUUGAAAUAGGGGUAGCUUGCUCUGCUGAAUUACCCAGUGAACGGAUGAGCAUCAGUGAUGUCACAGCUAAGCUGCAGGCGAUCAAAGGAAAACUCCCUUAAAAAGAGAGACAACCACAUCCACAUGGAUUACCAGUCAUCGUACUGUCCUUAUAUUCAAAAUGAAAAGCUUUAUUUAUACCUUAAACAGAAACCAGAUUCCUGACUGCAGGUCCUAGUGACAGAUGAAUGGUAAACUUUUAUUGAUAUGAAAUAUCACUACUUAUUCUGUGUAUUCACCUUGUAAAAUGCUCAACUAAUAUGAUUUCCAAUUUCUGUAUUA